GGCCCUGGUACUAUUUAAGGAGCCUUGUUUGUAGCAGAACAGCCACAGAAGACUCUCAGAUGAAGAAAGCAAACAUGACCAGUGCAAUGCUGAGAGUUGUAGUUCUGCUGGUCGGAUUGGGCUGUUGUCUCUCAGUCCCUAUUCCUCAGGAAGACAGUGCAGAGUUCACCAACAACGACCUUCGCUUGGCACAGAAAUAUCUCAGCACUUUGUAUAGUUCUUCUGCUAACCCAGCUGGAAUUCUGAGGCGUAGCGGUGGUAAAACUGUCCAAGCUCAGCUGAAAGACAUGCAGUCAUUCUUCGGCCUGGAAGUGACAGGAAAACUGGAUGAGGAGACCUUAGACAUCAUGAAACAGCCAAGAUGUGGAGUUCCUGAUAUCGGCGAAUACAACUUCUUCCCACGGAAGCUCAAAUGGCCCAGACUGGAUCUCACAUACAGAAUCAAUAACUACACCCCCGAUUUACCCCGUGCAGAUGUGGAUAGAGCUAUCAAAAAGGCUUUUAAAGUAUGGAGUGAUGUCACCCCUUUAAAUUUCACCAGACUGCGCUCUGGCACUGCCGAUAUCAUGAUAUCCUUUGGAAGGAAUGAACAUGGCGAUUUCUAUCCCUUUGAUGGCCCCAAUGGCUUGUUGGCUCAUGCUUUCCCCCCUGGUGAAAAACUUGGAGGGGACACCCAUUUUGAUGAUGAUGAAUAUUUCACCAAUGACUAUAAAGGAUACAAUCUGUUUAUCGUGGCAGCUCACGAAUUUGGCCAUGCCCUCGGUCUGGACCACUCCAGGGAUCCAGGAUCGCUUAUGUAUCCAGUUUAUUCAUAUGCUGAAAGUAGUAGCUUCAUCCUUCCUGACGAUGAUGUACAAGGGAUCCAGGAACUAUAUGGAGCCGGAAACAAAGACCCCAACCACAAUCAUCCAAAAACUCCUGAGAAGUGUGAUCCUGAGCUGGAGAUCGAUGCUGUGACUGAACUCAGAGGAGAAAAGUUUAUCUUUAAAGACAGAUUCUUUUGGAGGGUUCACCCACAGAUGACAGAUGCAGAGCUGACUGUGAUUAAAUCUUUCUGGCCAGAACUUCCCAGUAAAAUUGAUGCAGCAUACGAAAACCCACAGAAGGAUCUUGUGUAUAUUUUCAGAGGAAAAAAAGUGUGGGCUAUAAAUGGUUAUGAUAUAGUGAAUGGAUAUCCCAAAAAACUGCAUGAACUUGGACUGCCAAAAACGUUGAAGUCUAUAGACGCUGCUGUUCAUAAUGAUGCCAGUGGGAAAACUCUAUUCUUUACAGGGAACAAAUAUUGGAGUUAUGAUGAAGAAAGUAUGACUUGGGAUAAAGGCUACCCUAGACCCAUUGCAGAUGACUUCAUGGGAAUUGGAGAGAAAGUCGAUGCAGCAUAUAGGAAAAAUGGUUACAUUUACUUUUUCACUGGACCCCUUCAGUAUGAAUACAGCAUAUGGAGCAAAAAAGUCACUCGUGUAAUGAAGACCAACUCUAUCCUGUGGUGUUAGUCCUAUGAAUGUAUUAUGCCCCUUAAAGCAGGCUGCUGAGCGGUCCUUUAUAAGACUUUGUUUAGUGUAUCUUACACUGUAUAUUAAAUGGCGCUGGAUAGCUGAAAAGUACAGUGAUAGUUCGUACAGGUUUCACGGUUUUGGUUUGCAAGAGUAAGUCAAAAUACAACAUAACAUUCCUUUGUCUGAGAUGUGAUCAUGGUGGUAAUGUUACAUUUUUUAAAUGUUUGUGUUAUCAACUAAUUGUGGUGACAACCAUCCUAUGAACAUAAUAUUUAUAUGACUACCUAACUAUUCCCCGAGAACUGGAGGCAUCAUUGAGACAUUCCACAGUGGAGGUGUUGUCAUUAGCAAACAAUCAGGCCUCGUACACACGAUAGGUUGACCAGAGGACAACGGUCUGAAGGACUGUUUUCAUCGAUCAAAAAC